AUGGUAUCUCCACCAAGAAUGAGACAAGGCGGGGCUUUAUAUAAUUCGACUAAAAAAGAAGUUUUGAUAUUAUUCCCAUUCAAAUUUCUGCCCCCCGCGUUGACUUCCAGCCUGCGUCGAAUCUACUCCCUGCUCGCGUCAAACCUCCUCUGCCCACAGUCGCCGGUGACAACGCCGUCUCUCUUUCAAGCGACACCGAGCCCGUCUUCACAGCCCAUCUGCACAUCCCCAUCAAAGGCCAAGAAGGUAUCCCUGACAGAUGUUGGCGUUUUGGGUGGAUUGAGUGAUGGAUUAGGUGAAAGAGAGAAAGGACCCCUGGCUUCAUGUUACACGGGAAGAGCAAUGGGUGCAGGCUCUGGAUUUAUCAUUCCGUCCACAAUUAACUACAAAAACGCUUCCAAAGGGUCUACAUUGUCUUCCAUUGAGCCUUACGAUAGAGUAUUACACCUUUUAUUUUUUAAUAUUGAGCUAGAAGAGGGUGGGGGCCCUAACAGAUAAUGUAUUUAGCUUUGGUACUUCAAUUAUACUGGCGUGUUUGUAAAUGAUUUGAAGCUACAUUUUUGGUUGUCAUUAGAGUGCAUGUCAUCUUCUCGUUGUA